CAGAGAAACUGAUCAUUUGAAGUGCUCUCUUUAUUUUUGUCAGAGCUGUAUAUAAAGUCUCCAUUUCCAUUUAUAUUCCUGAAAAAUGUAUCCCUAUGGAAAUAGAUAUCAUUUUGGUUCUCUUCACUCAAAACUUGGUUGGGUCCUGCCUGACUUGUCCGGAUAAUAGUGGGUUUGUUGAAGCAGGUGUAUGACGGCGUCUUCACCUCCAUCUCCACGGCGAUAAGAAAGCACAUAUGUGCUUGCUUGCUCACUCCGGUGGGCCAACAGGAGUCAAAAGGUCAGGUAACAUUAGUGAUUCUAAAUGAGUUUUAUUCAGCUGGUCCGAGGGGGAAAACGGCUCUUUGGGUCGUAAAGUUUACACACAUAGACACACACACAGCUUUAACUGAUAGAUUAUAGACUGCAGCCUCCAGGCAGAGGCUCUUGUUUAGCCUGUUUUCGGUAAUUGACAUCAGAAAGACGGUCAAGAAUUGGAUUGUAGCAGAACAAAACCCUCAAGUUUGACCGGUUAAAAAACAAAAGAAGUGACCUCCUGACUCUGUCUGUCUUUCCCUCCCCCGUACCAUUUUUAACUUUAUCCUUAAAAAAUGGCACCUUCCUAAAAUAAGCUUACUUAGUUCAAGUUUUGUUAUUCCUUUAGUCAAACACUGAGAAGGAGGCGCGGCUGCAACCAAUCAACUCUCAGAUGAAUCCCGCCAGACAGCUGCUUUCCUCCUCAGACGUUUGGAGGCUCAUGAGCCGAGAGCCUCAACAGAGACAAAAUGAGAAACGCCAGCAGCUAAAGUGCAGCGGCUUUGUUUAGCUUAGGGGAACAAGAAAACAGAUUUUUCUUUGGAAGCAGGCAGAAUCUGGAAAAUCUCAUCUCUUGCUUCCCCUCCUCUUCUUUCUUCUGGUUGCACAACUCGGCCCCGACAGGAGCGUCAUUCCUCCUGCUGCACUCCUCCGUGCUAGUCGCUUUGACCUUGCUCACACACACACACACACGUCUGAGCUUCACAGCCGACAGGAAUGGGACUGAGGAGAGCGAUUGUUCUGGUUGCGUUGAUGGAGGUGACAUGGAGCCUCAACGUGACGACAAUCGGACCUGAAACCGUUUCCACGGACGCCUCAGCUCAUCCGGAGCCGGCCGAGGAGAACACAGAGCAGAAAGAAGCGGUGGCAGCGGAGGAGGAUGUGAUGGCGACAGGUGAGCUGAACCCCAACCACUACCCCGCCCAGAGGGCCGCCAAGUUGGUCCAGCACUACCUCAACGCGCGCUACGGCUCCCCUUACAAACUGUUUGGACUGAAGGAGGUCCACAGUGGGAACGCGGAGGAAGUGGCAGACUCCGGGAGAAAGUAUCAGCUGGAGAUAUCGGUGCACGAGAUCAUCAGCAACACUAAAGAGAAAUGCUCCGCCGAGGUUUUCUUUCCGAGCGGAGCAAAGCAGCUCUCACCUCAAGUCCAGGUCUCCGCAUGCGAGGAGAUCUUGAAGCUUGAUGCCAAAUCUGAAGAAGAGGCCUUGUACCAGCAGUACAAGACCAACAAAACCGUUCGCACUGAAGAGCGCCUACCGGACAGCUACGGUCACAUCGACCCAGAGAUGACUCCUUUCUGGCACCUGAGCAUCGUGGCCUCUAGCUUCAUUAUGCUGAAGGAAUCAACAGAAAACACUCUGUACAACGUGGCUCAGGUGGCCAACAUCACUCAGCUGGCAACAGAGAAUGACCAGCUGAAGUUUGACUGUCACGUCCUGCUGCAUGAAAUGGUGUCUCAGGAAAUUCCUCAGUGGAAGCUGCUGUUCACCUGGUCUCCAGCAGAGGGCGUGAAGGUGCUGCACACGGAGCAGCUGCCCCACGUUCACGAAUUUGAAAAACGAGCAAAACCAAACUGAUGUGCUGCUGUUUUCAAAACUGAGGUUACAACACUUUGUAAUCAGUUAUUUCUUUGUAGACGUGCUGCAAUAUCUGAAGCAAGAUUAGCUGUUUCUCUUCCCCCCCCCCGCCCUUUGCAUCUUAAGCCGUUUAAAACACACAAGAAGCUGGAGUUUAUACUCAAUAAAGCGUUUAACGGUU